AUGUUCCUGGGGAUGCAAGGAGCGUACCUCUGCCAUUUGGGGGUGGCAAUUCCUUUCAGGCAAUUUGCUUGCUUGAAAAAUGCAACUGUUCUUAAGCUGGGACUACCCUGCCUUGCUCUGAGAACAUGGUUCUCCCUCCCCAGUUCUUCAGACAAGGUGCUGCUACAUUUUAUUAACCGGGAUGGAGAGAAACUCUCAGCCACAGCGACAGAAGGAGAAAGCUUGCUGGAGGUGGUGAUGAAUCAAAACCUCAACAUCGAUGGCUUCGGUGUGUGCGAGGGGAUGCUGGCUUGUUCCACUUGCCACCUCAUCUUUGAGGAGGAUGCUUUCCGAAAACUGGAUCCCAUCAGCGAUGAGGAGCUGGAUAUGCUGGACCUGGCCUUUGGACUCACUGACACGUCCCGCCUCAGCUGCCAGGUGCGUGUCAAGAAAUGGAUGGACGGCCUGACAGUGCAGGUGCCCAGUGAAGUGUCGGACAUCAGGAAAGACCUGGGCGUGGAGAAGCAGCAGAAGCAGUAGAUGACUGCGAUUCCAGUGGAAUGUAUUCAUGUGUCUUUAAAAAUGGGUUGUGUUGUCAUGACUUGCUGAUGUGUAUCCUGAAUUUAAAAAACAGCCCUGCAUCCUGAAGAAGUCUGAAAGUUGGGAUGAUCUGUUAGGGAUCGGCGGAGCCUCUCACCCUCGGUU